GAUAUGGCGUCAUCACGUAUCUACAAACAUCCUGCGAUUCGCGGGAAAAUGAAAAAAUGGCGAUUGUGGGAGUUUGAAGUGAAGGCAGAGACUGCGGUGAGGACAGAGACCAAGAGACAAAGACGGAGGAAGGGACGAAGACCGGGGACAGACUAGAAGAGACAGGGGGACAGAGCAGAAGGGGCUCGCCGGAGGACCCGUGACCCUCCGCGGCUAACGGUGCAGUUCGGAGCACCGGAUAACGGGAGAGGAGGACACAGCCCGCAUCAGAUGAGGAUGUUUGAGGACCUGGUCCAGGCCUUCUCUGGUGUGGAACAUCAGGUGUGUCCAGGGGGCGGGGCAUGUCUUAGUGGACCAAUCCCAGAGGAUGUUGAGGGGCCGGAGUCUUGCCUGACUAUUGGUCAGUUCGUGCUCUGUCAUUGGUCAGAUGGACUGUACUAUGUGGGGAGGAUACAGAGGGUGAGCUCCCCCAGGCAGAGCUGCUUCGUCACCUUCGAGGACAACUCCAAGUUCUGGGUGCUGUGGAAGGACAUCCAACAUGCUGGAAUACCAGGGGAGGAGCCUCACUGCUCCGUGUGCAACGGAGUGGAGCCAAAAUCUGAGAACCAAUCAAAACACACCAAUGGAAUUCUGAUUUGUGGAAAGUGUGGCAUAGGUUUCCACCAGCAGUGCCAUGUUCCUCCAGUAGAGGGCGAUAGCAGCGACCUGAGACCGUGGUUCUGCAGGCGCUGUGUUUUUGCUCUGGCUGUGCGGAAAGGCGGUGCCCUGAAGAAAGGAGCGCUGGCCAAAGCUCUUUGGGCCAUGAAGCAGGUUCUGCCUUACGACCUGACCUCUCUGAGCUGGGACUCUCAGCAUAGGACCAAUCAGCAGCAGUGUUACUGUUACUGUGGUGGUCCUGGAGAGUGGUACCUGAAGAUGAUGCAGUGUUUUAAGUGUCAGCAGUGGUUCCACGAGGCGUGUAUUCAGUGUCUGCAGGAGUCCAUGAUGUUUGGAGACAGGUUUUACCUGUUCCUGUGUGCCGUGUGCAACAAAGGGUCAGAGUAUGUCCGCCGUCUGUCCCUCAGGUGGGUCGAUGUGGUCCACAUUGUCCUUUACAACCUGUCAGUCAGCAGCAAGAAGAAAUACUUUGAGUUGGAUGAGAUUCUGGCCUUUGUCUCUGCCAACUGGGACCAGUUACAGCUUGGAAAGCUGUCCAACACUCCUCUGGCAGAAAGGGGGCAGCACCUGCUGGACUGUCUGAAUAAAUACAAGAGCAAGUUUCUCUGUGGGAAGGAGAUCAAAAAGAGGAAGUGCAUUUUUCGUCUGAGGACCCGGGUUCCUCCCAACCCCCCCAACAAGCUUCUUCCUGAGCGUGCUCAGAAUGAAGGGGGGCGGAGUCACAAGAGGAGUUUGGCCAGUGAUUCAUCUGGGAGGGAGAAGAAGAAACGGUCAAAGUGGCUUCUGGAGGAUGCCAUUCCCACUAACCAGCUGACUUGCAGCUGGACCUCCAACCACCUCAUGGCCAACAUCUUCGAUUUCACCCUAGAUGAGCUGCAGAGCCUCAAAAGCUCCAGUAGAGCCGUUAGCAUCGACCAGGAUUCCACAGAUGCCUCCACCUCAGGUUCUGCCACCACCAGUGGCUCCUACCGCUUCAGGAGGAGAGUGGGCAGUAAUAGGAGGAAGUUCUCCUCCAGCAGCUACAGCCAGUGGGCUAAUCGCAGUGAGGCAGGAGAGGAGCCCCCUGAGAUCCAUGAUGACCACACGGCUCCAAGCCACACCCACCUGUCUGCAGACCCCCCCUGUCUUCUACCUGACUCCUCCCACCUGCACUCUUCCAUCUCCUCAUACUUUGGAGUGGCUGGAAGACUAACCAAUGGGGAGAGGUACCAGGUGCUAGCUCGCCGUGUGACCCGUCAGGGGACGGUCCAGUACCUGCUUGAGUGGGAGGGGUCUGCACCUUAUUAGUGUGUUUUAGCUGUGACUAGUUUCUAGGUGUGUGACUAGCUCCGAUUCCUGUGAUGUUCUAACACACCUGGGUCUGUGUCCCAUCUCACCUGUGCCAGGUAUCACAGUGAAUCACACACCUGUAAAAUCAGUAUUUAGUAAGGAUUCAGCCAAAGACUGUUGUUUUUAAGUUUUAGCCGCUGUGAUGUCAUCAGAUUGACAGCAGGUGGAGCUCCACUGCUGUCUCACCAGAGUUCAGUACCCGAGGCACUUGUUCACGUUUACCUGUAAAGUUCCUCGUCUUCACGUCUGCCCCAUUCUUCUUCACCUGUCACCCAAGUGUCGGGAGGGCUGUGACGAAUUUGAUUUCCCAAGAUGCACUAUGGUCACAUGGAUCUAUGCAAAUCAUUGGUCGGGGCGUCACAGGUUAGCUUAAAGCUAACACAGCCCAUUGCUCUGAAUGCCACAUGCUAACAAUGUUAACUGUCUUCAAGACAUUAAAUUGUCACUCUGUCACUUUAAAUGCUGCCAUGGUAACCAAGCCCUCCUGCUAGGGCUGUUGAGUGGUUGUUUUGAUCUUGUGACUCAAAAUCUCCAGGUCAGCUGACCACCUGAAAUAAAACAAUCUGACAUUUGA